AGUCAUAGAAACUUGGAGCCGUGGGAAGGUUUUGCUCGAGAGGAUUGUCCCUCACAAGCUUCCGUAGGUCUUCCCGGAAGUCCCGUGGAGCUCUUCAUUCAUUUCUCUGUCAAGUUUAUUCUCGGCUUCAUUUGAAAAUGCGCAGGAGAGCUGACGCUCAGCCCGCAGGCAGCGAACCGGGGGCCGGUAAAAAGGACCCCGCGGAAAAGCAGCACAGACGAACCGGAGCCACCGGCGGGCUGUCGUACAGCUCCGUGCUCUUGAACUUCGGGAAAUGUUUGCUCCUCCUCAUCAUCAUCCCGCCCUUCCUCAACUAUGCAUCCCUGCAGAGAGAGGAGCAGAUGCUGCUGCCCCAAGAUGGGCGAGUUGUUGAUGUUGGUUUGGGUCAGAAAAUGCAUCUUCUGUGUAAAGGACGAGGAAAACCUGUUGUUGUUCUAGAUGCUCCAGCAGGAAUGUCUUCAGAUAUUUGGCUUCAUGUCCAGGAGAGUGUGUCUUCAGUCACACAGGUUUGCACCUAUGACAGAGUGGGGCUGGGUUUCAGCAAGCGGGCCUUUCCAAAUGAAACGACUGGAACCGAGAAGGUUUGGGGACUGUCCACCACAGGACGGAUGGUGGAUGAUCUUCAUCGGCUCCUGCGGGCGGCUAACAUAUCCACGCCGUUCAUCCUGGUCGGCUCCGAGCUCGGCGCCCUCAACAGCCGCUUCUACAGCCACAUCCAUGAUGUGCAAGUGUCAGACCUUGUGCUGAUCGAUCCCAUCCCAGAGGACGUGUUUGAGGAGGAGCAGUGGAACGAGUACUGGUAUGGUAAGCUGCUGCCAUCGCUGCACGCGCAGCAGCUCUCAGCAGCUGCAGGGCUCAGCCGAAUACUCAUCAUUCUGGGGGUGCUGGAGCCGUCAAUAAAAGGAGACAACGUCUCGGAAGAGGUCGUCCAGCGGCAGAAGUACCUCCUGAGUAACCCCGUCCACCAAAGCAGUGCCGUAGACGAGCAUUACUUCAUGAAUGAAAGUGCAGCACAAGUGAGGGACAUCACAAAGUUUAAGCCUCUCUCCAGUAUGAUAUCAGUCAGCGUGCUGACGGGAGAUUCGUUCGACGAGCAAAUGCCGGAACAUCUAAACCAGAUGGUAGCUAAACUUCAAACAAGGUUUCUAAAGGAGUCCUACCCAUCAGCCAAUCACAUUCACAUAAAAGGAGCAGACAGGCGAAUGAUCUACAAGAAGCCAUCUGCCAUCAGCCAGCACCUGAGGAGGCUGGUCAACCAGCGACAAGCCAGACAGCAGAGUGAGUGACCAGUGGCCAAAAAACACAGCAGAACCGAGACGAAUAUGUUCUAAAGAGUCCGGCUUCAGUCAGAAACUUUAUUCUAGACAUUUCGGAACAGCUGCUUGAUUAAAAAGCUUUUAUUUUGAAAUA